CCCUCCUCCCUUCAUUCCCCUCUCGACUCCAGCCUUCGCUUUCCCUUUAAACCCGGGCAGGAGGACCGCCUCUUUCCUUCCUUCCUUCCUUCCUCCUCCUCUUCCUCCUCCUCGCCAGGCCCGGCGCGUGAGACCAGCUCGCGCUAGAGCCAGAGCAGGCGGAGCCAUCUCUCUCUCUCUCUAAGGAGAGUGGAAGGCAGGCAGGAAGAAAGGCGAGAAGGAAGCAAAGGAUAGUAGAAGCAAGGAGAAGGAAGGGAAGGGGACCCACCUCUCUCUCUCUCCCUCCUAAGAGAGUUGAAGGAAGGUAGGAAGGAAGGGAAGGCGAGCCACCUCUCUUCUCUCUCUCUCUCGAAGGAAGGGAAGAGGAAAGCCAGCCACAGAGAGAGGAGCAUCGACGAGCCACCUCUUUUGCCUCAAAGGAAAGGAAGAACCAGAGACAGAGAGGAGCUCCGACGAGCCACCUCUCUUCUCUCUGAAAGGAAGAGCCAGCCACAGAGAGAGGAGCUCCGACGAGCCACCUCUCUUCUCUCUCAAAGGAAGGGAAGAGCCAGAGCUAGAGAGGAGUUCCGGCGAGCCACCUCUCCUCUCUCUCAAAGGAAGGAAGGGGAGAGCCAGCCACAGAGAGCGGCGCUUCCCACCGGUGGGGCCCACGCAGGACUUUGUUUCUGUCUCCCUCCUCCUUCCCUCCCGCGUCGCAUGUCGUUGCCUUGGCCGAGCUGUGCUGCAGCGCCGAGGAGCCAGGCAGCAGCAGGCAAGGGCAGGCGGGCCUUGCAGCAACAACAACAACAGGGGAAAAGCCGGGUCGGGGAGCCCUUGGCAGCUUCUGGAUAGAGUUCACCUCAACCAGCAAAUCUUGAAACUUUGGAGGGGAGAAAAAAUUUAAAUUUUUUUGAUAUCUAAAAGAUGUACCAUGGAAUGGUGUCAACAAAGAGCACCGCAACAUCGCUACUUACCUUGAUCAGUCAUGGGAUUUUUUUCCCACUGGUUUUCUUCAGCACACAUUCGGUGGAAGGACUGGACUCAUCAGUCUGUCCUCAGCCACCAGAGCCAGAGAAUGGAGGCUACAGAUGCCACCCAGCACCCUGUAAAGACCCACUGACAUCUGACAGUGUCAUAGAAUAUUUAUGUGAGGAAGGCUAUCUACUGAAGGGGGACUACAAAUAUUUGACCUGCAAGAAUGGAAAGUGGAAUCCAGACAUGGAGGUUACCUGCAGGCUCAGCCCAGAUAAAGAUUCACCUCCAAGUGUAGGAGUGCCCACGCUAUCCAUAGUGGCUUCCACAGCAAGUUCAGUAGCUCUUGUCCUUCUCCUAGUUGUCCUGUUUGUUUUGCUGCAGCCAAAGCUGAAGUCCUUUCAUCACAGCAGGCGUGAUCAAGGUGUUUCUGGGGACCAGGUUUCCAUCAUGGUGGAUGGAGUUCAGGUGGCUUUGCCGUCCUAUGAAGAAGCCGUCUACGGCAGUGCUGGGAACUGCAUACCUCCCUCAGAUUCACGCGUACAGAUAGUUCUUUCAGAAGGAGCUGGGCAGAGUGGAGCGGGAGAGAUGCAACAGCCUCCACCAGACCAUUCGGGUCACAACUGCUUUGAUAGGGAGGAUGAAAUCCCUGGACACUCAGGACUGUGUGAAGCUGGCAGCUCUCACCACUCAGAGGCUGUCCUAGUGCACCAAGCUACCACCUCUUCCUGGGUGGCUGGGGCAUCUAGUAGUAGUUCUGGGCACAAGGAGGCGCCAGAUUCGGAGAGUAGUGAUGUUCAAAGCCUUUUGUCACUCACUUCCUCAGAGGACUAUUCUGAUGAUAUUCCAUUGUUGAAAGAAGCAUGAGGCUUGCUGUGUUUGCCUAGCCUUCGAUUCAUUUUCUCCUUCUCGGGAUGGUGAGCACUCCGUGCAGGCUUUCUCCACCCUCAUGCGCUGUGCCCUGAAUACCUCCAAGCAAAGCACCCCUUAGCUGAAGACCCAAAGGAUGCUGCCAGGAUGCCUCCUUCAUGCGUCAGUGGGGUGUACAGGGUGCCAGACAUCCCCCAACCCUGCAUUCUUUCUGCAUUGAGCGGGGGCUUCAGUUAUAUUAAUGGACUUGAGCUCUUCCUACCUCUCCUUUCCCCAGCCAGAUAUCUGAGUGUGGUCUCCGGAGAGCUGCUAUUUACUUGUGCCUUGCUCCUUCUCACACUGGCUUUUUGCAGCUUCUCGUGGGCCUUAUUAUCUUCUGGACUUCUGCUCAGAACACAGGGCCAAACCAAACUUGCUUUGUUGGGUGCAGAUAGUUUCCUUCCAUUUAUUUACUGUCUUAUGAAGGCAAGACAGAACUCCUCUGGGUGGGUGGCUAAGAGCAAGGGAAUUUAGCAAGAGCCACACACAUGUACCACACCCAUCAGCAUAUACAGCAUGAUAUACACAUUUACGUAUUAGGCAGUGCUGAGUAUGUAUCACAACUGGUCAACUUCAAAACAAACCCUGAUGACAAGCUUAGAACGCUUUCUUUUUUGUUGUUGUUCCUAAAAGAGGGAAGGAUCUUUGAUUGGAAUAAUGCACCUGUAUCUCUACAACUGUUUAGUUUUUUUAAAAAAAAAAACCUAUGUAAACCUUAUCUGUCUUCCCUUUCUUUCCCCUUUAUUUGUCUGAGAACGGGAUGGAAAUUAUGUGGCCCUCUAAAUCAGUGGUUCUCAACCUGUGGGUCUCCAGGUGUUUUGGCCUACAACUCCCAGAAAUCCCAGCCAGUUUACCUGCUGUUUGGAUUUCUGGAGUUGGAGGCCAAAACAUCUGGGGACCCACAGGUUGAGAACCAUUGCUCUAUAUGUUGGUCUGUAACUGCCACCUCACUCUAACCAGCAUGGCCAGUGAUGAGGGCUGGGAGUUGCCAGUUGAACAAUGCACGAAGGAAUACAUAAUUCCCACCCCUGAACUAGAACUUCCUUCUCUGAAUUUGGUGUAGGAUCAAUCUAGAUUCCCUGUUUCAAUGCAGGGAGCUUUGGGCAAUUCCAUUGUAUGUAGCUGGAUCUGAGCAUACCUGCAUGGCCAAGCCCAUGUGGGGUGUGAAUGCUGCCCUUCCUAUGGGAGCCAUUUGUCAGCAGUGUUGUGUGUUUAUCACCCAUGAUCCAAAGCCUUCCACCUCCAUGUUUAAAGGUUUGUUCUCUUUCAAAUGGCUGUAGUUUGGAGUGCACUGGACUUGAGUUGAGAUGGUUGUACAUGACCAUGCCUCUGCUUGAAUCCACCAUGAAAAGAGAGAUAGUUUGGCAUUCUUAAUUUUUGGUGCCCCUCCUUGUAGAGGCAGUUCCAGGGUGUGUCGUACUUGGUCUGUGUCUUCCGUGUUCUGUCAGAAACUAGUCAUUAAAAUUCCCACCAUUAGCAAGUAGCUUUUUUUGUAAAUGGCAUGCCCACAUUGCCUUGAAAGCAUUACAGUGAUAGUCUGCCUUAAAUUUUUUGAAUGGAAAGAGCCAUGCUGCUCAUUUGUCUGAAGGAAGAUCCCUCCCCUCCUUUUUUCCCUUUUGCUUUGCACACUUCCAGUUGGAAACGUCUUACUAUGCAGGGAACAUGUUUGCGUGCUUCUUCCUACUCUGAACAAGUUUGCUUUUGUUCUUCCAUAUCUCUCCGUCUGUGACAAAACAUAUAGUUUCUUGAAUGCAGUAUGGGACUAUAGAUUCUUAGGAGUUUUUUCUAGUGAGCCUACCCAAAUUUCAAAAUUUUGAGGGCUUUCCCAGACUUUUUUAAUGAUAAAUAUAGAGCAAAUUAAUUUUCAACUCUCAUUUUCCCCUGUUCUUAGGGAUUGGUGGAACCAGGAAGACAGUGAGAAAUAUUUGGCAUAUCUAAAGAGACACUGGAAGUCCAUUGUGGAAAAAUGAUGCUAGAGGUCAACAUGGUGCUUACUGCUCCAUACCGUGCAUUGAUGGGGAUAAGCAGCUGCAUCAAUAUGGGGCCAUCUGCACUUUAGCUUUCUUCCAGCUUGAAUACCAGUAGAAUCUGAAUGGGGAACAGCCGGUGCCUCCAUAGACAGCUGCCCCAUUCUUUUUCUUCUUCUUUCUCUUUUCUUUCUUUCUUUUUUUUCUUGGAUGGACAUUGUGUUCUGCACAUGGUUUAAAACAGUUAAUUUAAGAUAGUUUCUCCCUGAAAUCUACAGUCAGCAUGCCCACACUGGCUGGGGGAUUUUGGGAGAUGUAGUGCAACAGAAAAAUAUUUUCCAGACUUUUGAUUUUACACAAGCUCAAAACUUUGCAAGUACCAAACAGGCUUCAGAAGCACAUAUGGAAUAUAGAAGUAAACAUCCCAAAAAUUGUAUCUUCUAUUUUAAAAAUAAAGGCAAAGUUUAGGUCAGGAGUGGGAAAAGCAUGGCCCACAUAUGAAGCUUUCCACAGCCCAUGUUUUUGCAGAGAGCCUUGCAAAUAUAUGGGCCAUGUAGAUAGUAAAAUCUGAGAAUUUAACUCCCUAGUGGUUCGGAUGCAGGAAUUUAGAACUUUUUGUCAUACUUAGCAGAAGCAAAAAAAAAUUACAACAACUAAGUAAACAGAGAGCAGUUUGGUUGCUUGAGAUAAUACAAUGAGGUCAGGGAAAUUUUGAUUCUCUUUGUGCCUGGUAUUUAUUACUGUUAUUAUAUUACAUAGGGGCCCAGCCUUGGCAAAUCUUGGGAUGCAUUUUGAGUGACCUAGGUGUAGAGCAGGUGACAUCUGAUAAAUAUGAAGACUCAUUGCAAAGGGAAGACAGGACAGGUUAUACCAGCACUUGCAGAGCAUGGCACAUGAUGACUAUUUCUGUUGCCUUGGAACACAUUGACAGCGAUAGAGUUAAACGUUUUUGACAGGGUGAAAGUGUGCCAAAAUUCUGGGUGGCUGUUAACCCGAGGAAGAUGCUGAUCUCUUCUUAUUUAGAUAAAAUAGCUGGAUGGACCAAGAACAUCACUUUUUAUUUCCUUUCCUCAUUUGCCUGUGGACAGUUCAUAAACCUUUGUUGUUUACAAUAUACUUGAAGUAAUUUGGUGGCUGCAUCUGUAGUACUAUCUGAAUAACCCAAGGGGAAUCCUUCAGUUGGAAAGCCUGCUGCCCAACACUGCCUGAUGCUGAGGAGCCGAAUUACUUCAGCUUACUACUUGCAGCCUUGCAUAUUGGGAGCCAAAUGCUACAAAGGCACACUUUGUGCCCAGCAGGCAUCAAAUCCCACUUAAGCUAUGUUUGUGUGAUUUGGGAAUCUGGGUCUGUUUCUGGAAUUUGGCCUGUCCUUAAGCUGGUGGAAGAGAGCACUUCUGGUGAAUGAGUGGUUGCCGUGCCAUGCCAUGCCAUCCUUGCAUCAACCCAUGAAGCUGCCUAAGACUGCCUACUUAGUCAUAUUUACUCAGAGUGGAAGAUUUCUUUCCAAGCUUUGAAAGAGAGGGAGAACAAGAGAGAGAAAUAAAGAUUUCAGGAGUUUAACCCAGGACUCCUGCAUGCAUGGAAAAGUAAUCUUUUCCGUUAUUCUUCCUCCCUCUUCCUGUCUAAUUGAAAAUAGUUGUUUAUGGUUUGAUGCAGUGCUGUUUUUCAUUAAUUUGUGCAGGUGGUCAUUUACCAACUGGCUAGGUUCAUAUGCUGGUAAAGAGUGAUUUCUUUGCUCCUCCUUUUGCUGACAUUGAUUUUAUUGCUUUAUAUAAGAACUACAGUAAAAAAGCAAAACAUAAACCGUCAGCAUGACUUCAAGAGAAAAUGUGAUCAGGGAAAAUGGCAAGUAAAUACCUCACAGGAUUCCUGCUAACAUGGAAUUGUGUGUCUCUUAUUUCUAUUGCUUCUCUACAUCCAAUAUAGAACCUGUGUUUUAAAAUGGAUGCUUCCACUGACUCUGGAGUAAUUUGAAAGAAAGAAUUUGGGGCAUGAUGAAGUAACUACUCGAGGUGACUCGAGGUGCCUUGGCAUUUGCAGGAAGUCUCGGUGUCCUUCCCUUGUGGUUAAAUCUGAAAUUUGAUGGUUCCUGCAAGUCAAAACAACCAGCAUUACCAUUUCCUCUUUUAGUCAGGUCUGUAGUUUUGAAGUGUCCUUUCAUUUACAGUAAGUUAGGUGGGAGAAUAAAAGGUCUGUUGAGAUGUAUUUGUUUUGCAUAUUCAAAGUUACACAUUUCUCUUUAUGGUAUGGAUACAAUAGGGCUCAAGAUACAUCUUUAGAGACUAGAACUAAAAUGGAGUACAGUGGACAUAUAGGGAAUUGGACAAUGUUAGAUGCUCAGGAGGCAGACUGUAUAUGUUAACUACCUUGUAGAAUUAUUCCCACAACACUUUUUUUCCAACUGCAGAGCUUUUGCACAAUCUUUCCUAUACUGUUUUGUCCAGCUUCUCUUAACAUUUAGUAAGGAAAUAGCCUGUUUUAAUUCCUGCACAUCACCGCUCUCGCUUCAUGAGAGAGAUGUAGGUUUGUUUCCUUAUAAAAAAAUUAUCACAUGUAAAGCAAGUCUCAAAACACUGGAUACAAGGGCUGCCAAACAUGGAACUUGAAAACAUUUCAUAUACACUCCAGUUAUUUUUUUUUAUCAUGUUCUGGUGAGAGAGGUUUUUCUUUCAGACACCCCAGUGACCAUUUUUUAUUUCAUUGUUACCAUUGGUAUUUAUUAAUAUUAACCCAAACAAUGUAGUUGAAAUUACUAUUUUGCAUGCAGAGUUUCCAAAACCAAAGAUGCUCAUGUUACCUGUGCUAGUGUGAACAGAACAUACACAAGUGAUGUAUGUGAUGUUAUAUCUUGGUUUUUGUAAGGAAGAGCGACUACAAACAAUGAGUUUUCUGUAAUUUUGAUACAUGUAUGUUGAGCUGGAACUGGGGCUUCUUUCAACGUAGUUACUUCCUGUUGGACAGACUGCAUUGCAACUCUGGAAGUUUUCAAAUACAGUGUAUGCCAAAAGCACUCUCAUAUUCAGAAGCAUCAAAGAUUAGCCACAAAUCAGAGGCAGUUUACUUAUUCCAUGGCAGGGGUCAGUGGCCACUGGCAUAUUGUGACAUGUGUCAGUGGUCUUUAAUCAACAACGAUUGCCAAAGGUUACAUAUUCCAUGUCCCUGAGCAAAGACACAUACAUUGUCUUCACAAUUCAACAACAUUCAUUGCAUUUGCAACAGACGCUGGACCUGUGCACACAGUGGCUGCUACUGCCAUGUGAAUGUUUUCAGUUUCUCUUAUUAGUGCUUUUAUAGUACCAUAGUGGACACAUAUACAAGAGGCAAUGUAUGCUUUGUUUGGGGUAGGAAUUCUUUCAUUGGCUUGAUUUGUAUAGUGUGGUGUUUUAUGACUCUUGUUUUAAAUGCCUCUGUCCUUCGUAUCUAGUUGCUUCCAACAUAUGUCUUUGCUCACUUUUGAACUUGACCACCUCUGUCACUUUAUUGAGAUUCUAGCACUUGUACCAGAGGAAAUAUGUGCUGAAUACAGAUUUCUGCUUUGCUUGAGUAGGUGACCCAGUGAGAAUGGUUGUCUUGUUUUUGCUGGAGAUUUCAGUUAGUUUUGCUUUUGCAUGGACGCUUACACAGUUCAGACCAAACGUCUUUUCUAAACCAAUAUACACAUGCCCUCUGUUACCCGCAGGCAGGCUGCAGUACAUUGCAGAUGCAGGAGAGCUGUUGGAGAUGGGGAGAACCUGGUUGCCUUCAGUGUUUUUUAUUUGUUCAUAACCUAAGUUGCACCACUAUAAAAAUUUAUUUGCAGAAUGGUACUCGUAUAUGUGGGAUUUUAAAAUACCAUAAUUAAUGCUGUGCAGGAUGUCAAUCAGUUUGAUUUUGCUUUAUUUUAUAUAUAUAUAUUUUUCUGGUAUCCUGUACAUUGCAGUGGGUGUGAAGAUAGUAUUUUAAUAUUUGUACAAAGGUUAAUUUAAUUUCAAUUGUUCUAUGUAUAUAACUGCAUUUCUAAAUUAAAAAAAAUCUUUUGAAAUGAA